CGCUGAACUGUCCUGAGAAGUUCGCUCCCUCGGACGGAAAAGUGCACCGUUGAGUUUGCACCGGGACUCGUGAGAGGAUUGUAACGCUAACUUAGCCAAAAUGAGACUCUGGUCCUCGCUUUUGCUCCCAGGGAUUUUUGCCUGUGUGCUUUUUCCUCUGACAAACUCUGAAGAGCAGCGACUCCCCGAAGAGAAACUUCUAGUUGUGACAGUUGCAACCAAAGAGAGUGAUGGCUUCAGGCGUUUCUUGAGGUCGGCUAAACACUUUAACUACACUGUCAAGGUUCUUGGUCGGGGUCAGAAAUGGAGGGGUGGCGACUACAUGUCGGCUCCAGGAGGAGGCCAGAAAGUUCGACUCCUGAAAGCAGCCCUGGAGAAGAUGAAGAAUCAGGACCAAAUCGUCCUUUUUAUUGACAGCUACGAUGUGGUUUUCGCCUCGGGUCCGAAAGAGCUGUUGAAGAAGUUCCAGCAGGCCAAACACAAGGUGGUGUUCUCCUCCGAGAGCCUGAUCUGGCCCGACAGACACCUGGAGGACAAACACCCCCAUGUCAGGGAGGGGAACCGGUUCCUAGGCUCAGGUGGUUUCAUUGGCUACCUUCCCAACAUCAAAGAGAUGGUUGCUGACUGGACAGGAGAAGACAAUGACAGUGACCAGCUGUUCUUCACCAAGAUUUACAUUGAUCCAGCAAAAAGAAAAUCCAUAAAUAUCACACUGGAUGGCAAAUGCAGGCUGUUCCAGAACCUUCAUGGAGCCCUCGACGAGGUGGUGCUGAAGUUUGAGAAUGGACGGGUGCGAGCCAGAAAUUUGCUGUAUGAUACCCUGCCCGUGAUCAUCCAUGGGAACGGACCAACCAAGCUCCAGAUCAACUACCUGGGUAACUACAUCCCCAACACGUGGACGUUUGAGACUGGAUGCACUGUGUGUCAUGAGGAACUCCACCAUCUCAAAGCUCUUAAGGAGAGUGAAUACCCACUGGUGGUGAUUGGCAUCUUCAUUCAGCAGCUCACCCCCUUUGUCACCGUGUUCUUUGAGCGCCUGCUGAAGCUCCAGUAUCCCAAGAACAGGCUCAAACUGCUCAUUUACAACCAGGAAGUUCAUCAUGAGCCUCAGGUCAACUCUUUCCUGCAGGCUCACGGAAGCCUUUAUCAGGAAGUCAAGUUCAUCGGGCCUGAGGAGGCUAUGGACGGAGCUGCAGCCCGCAACCUGGCCUUUGAUACGUGCCGGAAGGACAAGGACUGUGACUAUUUCUUCAGCUUGGACAUAGAAGUGGUCUUGAAGAAUGAGAACACACUCAAAAUUCUCAUUGAACAAAACCUGCCUGUUGUGGCACCAAUGAUAACUCGAGCCGGUCGACUGUGGAGCAACUUCUGGGGAGCCCUCAGUGCAGAUGGCUACUACGCCAGGUCUGAGGACUAUGUGGACAUAGUUCAAGGACGGCGAACGGGUGUGUGGAAUGUCCCAUACCUGUCCAGUGUGUACCUGGUGAAGGCCAGCCUCCUUCGAUCAGAGCUCACAGACUAUAAUCUCUUUAACUCACACAUCUUAGACCCUGACAUGGCUUACUGCCACAACAUUCGCUCCAAGGGAAUCUUCCUGUAUGUCACCAACAUGCACACCUUCGGUCGCAUCCUGUCAACAGAAAACUAUCAGACCAGCCAUCUUCAUAAUGAUCUGUGGCAGAUCUUUGAAAACCCACUGGACUGGCAGGAGCGCUACAUUCAUGAGAACUACACUUACAUCAUGAAGGACAAGCUGAUUGAAACCCCUUGUCCUGAUGUGUACUGGUUCCCGGUUUUCUCUGAUGUUGCUUGUGAGCACCUUAUUGAAGAAAUGGAGCACUUUGGGAAGUGGUCAGGAGGAGCCAACACGGACAGCAGAAUCCAAGGCGGCUACGAGAACGUUCCCACAAUCGACAUCCACAUGAAUCAAAUCAACUUUGAAAAGGAAUGGCACAAAUUCUUACUGGAGUUCAUAGCACCGAUAACUGAGAAAAUGUAUCCUGGUUACUACACCAAGUGUUCCACCCCCUUGAACUUUGUGGUGAGGUACAAACCUGAUGAGCAGCCGCUGCUCGUCCCUCACCAUGACGCCUCCACAUUCACUAUUAACAUAGCUCUCAACAGCAAAGACAUUGACUACCAGGGCGGUGGAUGCAGGUUCCUCCGCUACGACUGCUCCAUUCAGGCUCCUCGUAAAGGCUGGGCCCUCAUGCACCCGGGCCGCCUCACCCACUACCACGAAGGCCUGCCGACCACUGCUGGCGUCAGGUACAUCGCAGUGUCCUUUGUGGAUCCCUGAACUCCCAAAGACGGCACACAUCACCGGCUAGUCCAGACCAAACAGGACACACACUGGCCACAUCCCGCAGCACCACAGCUGCUCUGUGGUGACCACCUCUCUACCCAUUACUUCAUUUGCCUCCUUUAAUGAAAUUGUUUCUGUCUCAUUUAAAGAAUUACAUGCAAUGUGUGACUCUGAUCAGCCUUUAUCACCAGUAGAAAAUCAGUGCUCUGUGAUGAGCACCCUGCUCAUGUCAUGAACAUGUUACCAUCAAGCUGGAAGAGAACUGGGUCCAAAGUAACACUUGAUUCAAACCUUCCUAGAUGAGAUUCUUUCACAUAGAAACAAGAGUUUGUGAACAGCAGCCUGCACGUGGUGUCAAAUACAGGCCUGUUUACAGACCUGCUAAGCAUGAUGAGUAUAACAUGAAUAGUAACCAUCAGUUCUUAGUGAUGUAAAUGGGAUCCAUCAGACAGUGUAAAAGAUGUUCCUCCUUCAGCCCGCUCUUAGUUCAGCCUGACUCCUGCCUGGCUCAGCUCAAGGGCUAAAUGGGCUACUGACCUAACUCGAUCACACAGGAGUCCACCUACUGAGCUUGUUACCUGGGAGCAGAGCCACACUUGACACGCUCACAUCAUCAACAUUCAAGAUUCAUAUAUUUAUCAUUCGACAACACAAGGCUGUACAACAGGAGGCACAUGUGCCUUCUCCUUGUUCUCUGAGACAAUGGACACGUUCGUUUAGUCCCAGUUCUAAAAUAUCGACCGCAACAAUGUUGACAUUUAGUUUCUGAAGAACUCAGUGUGAAGUCUUCCUGACAUGAACGUGCUGCAACGCGUCGCUCACAUGCACGGGUGUCCUCGAUGCAACAGUGUUCAGCCGUCAGUCUUACUGUUCUGCUAUCUUACAGUCCUACUCCACCUGUGAAAACAACCCCUGACGGUGUCACCAUGUUUAACAGAAAGCCUGUCUUAUAAACUGGGAGUGUGGAAUGCACCGGGCAGUAACAAAAGCGGCUAUGCAGUUGCAUCAUGGGAAGUGUUUGAGCCAGUGUUUUUGUAGCAGAACUCAUGUUGGGGAUUAAAGAUCUCAGUGUCUGCUGAUCAGUUUUGACUAACGUCGUAUCACCAGCUGCACCAGGGACUCGUGAAAGCUCCAGUCGUACUGUGUGCUAAUUUAACAUGUUCAGGAAUACGCACCAUUAAAGCUCUGUUUUCUCAUCUUUAGGCCCUGUGUUAAAAGACACUUUAAGACAGGGCUUCAUUUAUAUUUUAUUUUAUUUACUGGAUGAUUGGUCCAACCUCUCAUCAGUUAUGUCAUCAUCACAUGUAGAGCCACUUUGGUGCAGCUGCUGGGUCAGUCUGAGGGCUCCUGUUUGGUCUGGAGUGUGUGGGGUGGAUCGGUGAUCCAGUUGAUCCAGUUGUGCCUUGAGCUGGACUUCUCUCAGGAAGUCACCAGAAGUUCAGCUUUGAUUUUUUUUUUUAGAAAUGUUUGUUGUUGAAUCUGACUUAACAUUUUUCUCGAUCCAAAGCAUUAUUUUCUAAUUCCAUCUUGAACCGAGGCUCUCCAGUGCCUCUUAAGACUCUUAUUUAUUUUUUGUAUAUUUUAUCUGAUCAAAUCCACACUUACUGAUUUUAUUUAGCAUUUGCAAUAUAACAGCUUUAUGUGGGAUUUCAUAUUGGAAUCAGAGCUGAUGUUGGUCAGCUGAGUUAACAAAGUGUAGCAUACUCGUACAGUUGUCAUUUCUUACUGUUACAAGCCAUCACUGUGUUUUGAACACAACUUGAAUAAAAGAGUGAACCC